CCCAUAGCAACCAAACAAAAGUGUGGAGAGGAGUUCAAGCUACUAUGGUUUAAGCAAACGCUGUCCUACAAGCAAGGAUGCCGCCUAAGAGACCAAAAAGUGCAACAAGCAGUGCAGGCAGUAAGGGGAAAGGGAAGAAGAUUCCUUCACCUACUCCACCUGAAAAGCCUGAUCACCCUGAGGAUAUCUUCCCCAUGGUCCUGACAUCGGUAACCCAGGAGCUCUUUGGUUGCUGUGCUGAUGAGGAUGUGACAGGGGAGAGCCCUUACAAGCUGCUGAAAAAAGACGACAUCAUACAGGACAUUAAGACAAGAGCCGCAGUGUCCGAUUUCAGCCCUGUGAAGCAGAUUGUGCUGGACUACCCAGAGGAGGAGAUCUUGCUGGUUUAUGACAGAGACUUCACCUAUGACCAGUGUUUCUACCUGGUUCUGACACCAGAAGCUAAGGACAGACUCCUCAAUCCCCCAAAGCCUGAGACACCAGGAGUGUUAGAAAAUGAGGUCAUUAAAACCCCAGAACCAAAGGAAUGGAUAUCUCUUGGCAGUGAGCUGGAAAUAGAUGAAGAAUCUGUCAAAGAGACCAGAGAAAAGCUGUGGUACAAGUUCUCCAGAGUGCGUAGGAAGUUUGGGGCACCAGCCUGUUUUACUGACCGCAACACUGCAGAUGCUAAGGAUGGCUACCUGGAGUGUGCUUCCUAUCAAGACAGCAGAUUCAGUAUCAAGCAGAUGCAGAGGGACUGCGGGACACAGGCUGUUCCCACACUGCAGAGCAGCAGUGCUCAGACACAGUGGAAAUUUCAGAGGAAUAUCUUUACCCAGUACAAGCCAAGAGAAUUAAGUGAGGAAGAAGCAGAAAACAUCCUGCAGGAUGACAGUCUGAGGAAUUUUUGCAACUCAGUACCCCACAGGGUUUUCCAAGCUCUUCAGCAGGAGGAGAUUAUGAAUGUGUUCUUUGAUGACUUGAAGGCUCUGGGGACAGGGGCUGAGGCCGGUGACUGGUCUGGGAAGGUGUCUGAGGGUUUGAUGCUUUAUCAGGCCUUCACAGACCAAAAGUACGCUAAGGAUAAGAAAAUCAGUAGCAUUAGCUGGCACCCAACGAUCUAUGGUGUGAUAGCUGUGGCUUUGAUAGAGAAAAAGGAGGAGCGGUUCAGUGAAUCGACUACAUCUGAAGUCAGACCCUCUCUCGUUAUCUUCUACAGCUUCUCUGACCCCUCUAAUCCCCAGUUGCUGCUGGAGUGCCCAGAUGACAUUUUUGCCUUUGAGUUCUGCCCCUCUGAUCCAAAUAUUAUCGUUGGCGGCUGCAUGAAUGGCCAGGUUGUGUUAUGGGACAUUUCUGGUCACGUCACGCACUUACAGGGAACACAGUCUAGUGGUAAAAAGGCCUCCGUCAACACGGACACAUUCGAUCUCGAUGACAACAAAGAGAAUAAGACUCCUGUCGUGCGCUACUGUGCAGUGUCUGCAUUAGAGAGCAGCCACAAAGCACGAAUUACUGAUGUCCAGUGGCUGCCACCAACAUUUGAGGUGACCAGGACGGGAUUACCAGUGGAGAACAAGCAUAACAUUUCUGUUCAGGUUGUCACCUGCUCGCCUGACUGUGCUAUAAUGUUCUGGGAUGUGCGAAUGCCAAAACUGUUGAGCCAGUCAGUGUCAGACAAGAAGCAGAAUGUGGAUCAGAAGACCCAGAUGUCUUCUUACAGUGUCCCUGACACCUUCAAACACCUGGACCGCACAUGGAAACCACUGUUCAGGGUUUCGCUGCCAAGGAUCAAUACCAGUGGAGAAUACGCUCCUUUGAAAUUCAACUUUGAACCCUACACCUGUAGUGGUAAUAAAGACAGGGACACAGAAGAAGCUGAUGAAAAUGAUGAUAGCUCAAAGAUCAUUCCAGACUACAGCCAGCUCAGAGUGCCCUCAGCCAAAACACUCACAACGCUGGAAGAUGUCAAUACCAAGCUCUACUUUGGAACAGAGGAUGGGGAGAUUGGUUACACUGACUGGAAACUGGGGAAGGACGACUCUGGACGGCUGCACAGUGCCAAGCCCCUCAGCUGUAUUGGCAUCCAUCACUGGUUGGUGAAUACAGUACAGCGAUCGCCCUUCUUAAAAGACAUUAUUUUGACAACGGGAGGCUGGAACUUCGCCAUCUGGAAGGAGGGAAUCAUGGAUGGCCCCAUCAUCCUGUCACCAAGCUCUGAGCAGGUGUGCACUGUUGGAUGCUGGUCCUUGUCCCGACCAGCUGUUUUCUUCAUUGGGAAAGACGAUGGCAGUAUUGAGGUGUGGAACUUGCUGGAAAAGACCAGUGAGCCUGCACAGGUCCACGCACACAUCACCAACGCUAAAAUAACCUCCAUCACACCCUGGAUCGCCGCCCCCAAGCAGCACUUCCUGGCCGUGACUGAUGAGCUUGGAAUGGUUCGUGUUUUUGAAAUCCCAAAGACACUCUACAUUCCCUCCAGGAGUGAGGGUUUGAGUGUGAAGAAAUACUUUGAACUGGAGGAAGAGAGGCUGAAGGAUUAUUUGAAGAAGGAGGAACUGUGGGCAAAAGAGAAAAAGGAGGCUGAAGAACUCAAGAAGAAAAUGGACCCCGACAAGCCAGUCAAAUCCCUGAAGGAGACUGACGAUGUGAAUAUGAAGGAGCACAGUGAUUACCUGACACUGGAGGAAAGCAUCCUGAAGGACAUGGGCCUGUGGACUGCUACUGCAGACACACAGGAUACCUAAUAUCACACACAUUCACAUACAAACACAAACUGCAUUUCAUACAAAACAAAGGCUCCUAAUCUUUUAAUGUAUUUUUUUUAUAAACUUAAUUUCUGUAACUGUUUAUAAAAACAUUGUGAACAUUUUAGUAAAUUGAUUCUGCCAUCAACCUUCAGACAGUCCUUGGGUUGGGGCUUCAGGGUCACCAAUGGAUUUUUUUCAUCCAUUCCAUCUGAGAUCUAAUUACUGGGUAAUGCCAUCCAUUAGCACUCCCUUCACCAUCACUGCCUGAGGAUACAAUUUGGAAUACCUUAAGGAUCUGACCUUGGCAGGAAGUCAUUUCAUGGCUCUUUAAUUUUAUCACUUGUUGUUGUUGUUGGAAGAUCCUUCAGUAUAUUCAGUAGAAACGUUCUAUUGAGAAGGGAUUUAAAAGGCACAGACGAGGGACCUUGGUGCAAAAGCCGUUAUUCACUAAAUAUAAUUUGGAAAUUAUCCUCACAGAGUAAACCUAUUUCUAUAGCAUGUGUCUUGAUUCAGGUAACAGUUUACACAGCAGCAAUCUGAAUCCAGGUUAAUCAGAUGAUUUUAGAAAAUCUGACAUGACUGGACCACAUUCAUAAAGCUGCACUACUCAAUAUCCUUUUAUAAACAGUGGCCCAAAUGACUGUGUAAUAUAAUGUCAAAGGGCUAACUGUAAGUCAUAGACCAAAAGAUAUUUAUCAUCUGAGUCUGUGAAAUAUUUUUUGCCCCUUUCAGCGUAUUGUUUCGGUUUAACUUUAUUGUUCUGGCAGCUGCCAAAAAGCUCUGAUAAACCCACUGUACUCAGCAAAGUUUAGCAACUAGCUAACUAGCUGGUGGCGAAGCAUUUAGCAACUAAAGAAUCAGGAGUUGGUGGGGACCAAAACAGAGAAGAUGAGUGAAUGGAAAUGAGAGGCCAGAAUCACAACUGAGUGAUAAUGUUGCUCUGUACCUGCUGCAUGUGUAAAAAAGCAGUUAUUUGCUAAUAUGUUCAGCAAUCGAAAUCUAUAAGGUGAUUGUCUUCAAAUGGGCCUACAGUGACAAUUCUGAUGUGAAUCUAGAGUUUCUAAUGGAAGACUAGACUUCCUAUCUUAUCAAUUUGUUUUUUAAGUUGGUAAACUACCUGCAAACAGACAAUAUUGUUGUCUGGUGCCAAGCUGCUGUCGAAUCACUUCUGUUUUGAGAUUGCUGGAAUGGAUGGCCUUGAAACUUUGUCAAGGAGGAUUUGAAGUAGCCAAGGCCAACAGGAACAAAGCAGUGGUGCACUAAGCAAUGCGCUGUUCACACCCACACGUAGCACUGUGGCUAAAAACAUGGUUUCCUCAUUAAUUUUUGUUAGACUCUUUCGCCACAAGGGAAAGGUUUUCCUAAAUUAAACUUUUACUUCUGCCACAACGUUUCUGAGAAUG